AUGAAUGCACCUGGAAAUAAUCAAAUGAUUGCCCCAAAAAUUCAAAAGCAAUUGGUGAAUGCUUGUGCAGUUGAGACCACAAAUGCUAUUCUAGCUGAUCUUGGAAAUAGGUGGUUCACUUUACUACUUGAUGAGGCUCGUGAUUGUUCAGUGAAAGAGCAAAUGCCAGUUGUUAUUAGAUAUGUGAACAAAUAUGGAGAGGUGAUUGAACGAUUUAUGGCUAUAGUUCAUGUUGCAACAACUACAACUACUUGUUUGAAGGAGUCAUCUGUUAUAGAGGUUCUUCAACUUUUGAUUGAUGAUGGUGAUCAUUUUUCCAAGGUUUUAAGUAGAACUUUGGUUAAAAGAAUGGAGAGGUAUGAAUUUGUGUUUAUUCUACUAUUGAUGAAACGUAUAUUGGCAAUCACAAAUCAUUUGACAACAGUUCUACAAGAGAAAGAUCAAAAUAUUGUGAAUGCAAUGCGUUUGAUCAAUAAUGUGAAAGCUAAAUUGCAAAAGUUGAAAGAUUCUAGAUGGUAUGUUUUACUUGAGGACGUGAAGAAGUUUUGUAACACUCAUUGA